AUGGCGCUUCCAACAUUACAGCCGUACUGGCUGAAAAAUUACAAAAACAGAAAUGAAGGUCUUUUAGUUAGAAGAAAUCAAUUUGAAGCUGAUAGAAGGGAAGCCUGGGAUAAAAAUGCCAGAUAUUUCGACAGAUCUAAUGUGGAAACCACGAAGCAAAGGGUUUGGGGAUCGAGAGAAUCAUACGAAGAAAGGUAGGAAAAUCUGAUGCUUCAAAAUAACUUCAGCUUUUAAAAUUGAUUUGUUUGUUGAAAUCUAUUUGGUGAUAUUGCAUUCUCAGAUUUUUUGUUGUCAAACAAAAUCCCUAUCUUGCUGUUUAGUCAAAAGGUUUAUAUUAUCUAGAUCUAAACUUGUAUUGCCAUCUUACGUUUUUGCCAUGCAUACUGUAAAUAAGCUUAAAUGCAACAUCAAAGUUAUCUUAAGUUUACUGGACAUAAAACUAACAUCUAAACUGAGCUUUUUAAGCCGUAAUAAUAGUGUUAACUGGAUUUAAGUGUUUGUAGGUGCACUGGACGGUUUAAUUUCAACACAGCUUCCCUAUAACUAGAUGUAUUAUAUUACUUGCAUUUUGUGUUUACAACGAAUACUUAAUUUUAUGUGCUUAUUGAUAAACAGGCAGCUACUAAAAACAUGAACUGCAACAAAAUGCCUACAUAAUAAAUUUAUGGGGCUGUCCGAAACAGAAUUUAAUGUUGAAUUUUCGGGGUCAGACAGUGACACUAUCGGGGAACAGAUUGUUCUCAAUAACCCAAGGGCUUUACUCUAGUAUACCCUGCUACAAUGUCAUGUGUGGCUUAAUGGUUAGCAUUUUGACAGUGCUUGGGUGAAUGCCACUCACGGGGUUGUCAUGGUUAUGCAUUGCUCCUGGCUGCAGUUCUACAUGUAUGCUCCACUUUUAACAAUUUUAACAAUUUAACGAAAAUUGACUUCAUGUACUUUCAAUACUGCUUGCUGUAUAAAGCAAAAAGAAAACUGGCUGAGAUCACUCUAAAACACCUAAACGCAAAACUACAGAGCCCGAUUAGAGUAGUAUUGAAAACGAAGACCCUGAAAACAAAGACCAAAGACUAAAAGCCCCCUCCAAAAUGAAGACCACAACUGAAAAUGAAGACUCCCUCGAAAAUGAAGACCUACUCGAAAAAGAAGACCCACUUGAAAAGCGUGGUGUUCGAUUGUCUUUUCAAGGCUAGAUACAAAUCAAUUAGGUUUUCGCGUGAGUAUUCAUUUUUCGAUGCUACCACUCAUUUAGUGCCAUGCAAAUUUCAUGCUGGAAAAUUCCUUUCUCAACAUUUUUCUCGCCUAUUAUGACCUUUUUCUCACCAUCUUUUUCCCAACUUUUUGCCCAACCUUUUCCACUCAUUUAGUGCCAUGCAAAUUUCAUGCUGGAAAAUUCCUUUCUCAACAUUUUUCUCGCCUAUUACGACAUAUUUCUCACCAUCUUUUUCCCAACUUUUUGCCCAACCUUUUCGUCAAAUUGCUUCUCAAUUUUUUUCUUGACUUUCUUCCCACCUUUUUGCUCGGCUUUUUUCUAGACUUUUUUCCUGAUUUUUUCCACUGCUGAUCACAUAUAUCAAAAGCUCUUUCUUGAGUUGAAGCGCUUAAACAUAGCUAGGUUUGAUUCUUAAUUGGCUGUAGCUAUUUUUUUGUUUAUUGCUGAGGGGAGUUAAAACUGCACAACACUGUAGCACAUUUUCGGCAAUGAAUAAAAUAGUGACAAAGCAAAUUUUUUAAGAAUGAGCCUUUGAUAUAUGUGAUCAGCAGUGGAAAAUAUCGGGGGAAAGUUGAGAAAAAAUUAAUUGAAAAAAAAAGUCAGAAAAAAUGUUGAGGAAAAGCCGAGAAUACAAGUCGCAAAAAUAUGUCAACAAAAGAAGUCGAGAAAAAAGUCAGGAAAAAACCAAAGAGCACAAAAAAAGUCGAGAAAAAAGUAGAAGUAAGAAAAAUCAACAACAAAAUUUGCAUGGCACCAAUCGGGCUCCGUACAAAAUGUAUGAAAUGCUUCUUACAAUAAAUCAUUAUUAGUAGUUGAAUAUCCUUUUUUCCUCUUCAUGAAAAUUAACUUAGUUACCAUAAAAUUUUUCUCCAGCAUGCAAGCAGUGGAUAAUUUAUUCAGAAAAAAUGAAAAAGAAGAAAAAAUACAGAGAUUAGAGAAAAGAAGGAAGAAACUAUCUGAAAUGUUACUGAAGGAAAAAAAAGAAUUUGAGGUACGUUGCACAUCAAAUAAUGAUAAGUUAUUGUAAGGAAUUAAUUUGGUGUCUAGCAAAGACUGUAUGUUUGCUUCUAAAUGAUUAAAUCACAGCCUCAUGAAGAAAACAUUGUGUCCCUAUUAUUUUAUAACAGCAUACAAAUAUUUAUUUAUUAUUAUACAUUGUAGUCACCAUCUGUCUUCUCAUUGGCUAAAAGCCUACAGUUAAUUCUGGGAAACAGCGCAACCUACAGAUUAUUCACUAAUCUGUACCUACAGAUUAGUGAAUAAUCUGUAGGUUGUGUGUGCAAUGCAUGAUUUUCAAGAGCAAUGUCAAGUGCACGGACGGCAAUGUCAAGUUCGCGGACAGCGAAGUAAGAAAGGCUUCUAUAAUAAAAAAAUAAGAAUGGCUUGUAUAAUAAAACAAUUAUUAAAUUCGGUUUUUGUGAUAUCCGGAAUAAUCAAGGUCGAGGUAAGUGUUAUCAGGCGAAGCCGAAGGCUGAGGCUGAUAACACUAACCGAGACCUUGAUUAUUCCGGGUAUCACAAAAACCUCAUCCAAUAAUUGUUUACAAGUAACAGGAUAAACUUUGAAAAACUGACAGAAUGAAAAACUUUAAAAAACCCAAUUACAACUGUUUUAAUCUUCUUGAAUUUUGUCCAUUUGUGCUCAAUACUGAGCUGGGACCUUUGUCUUCUUUGGCUUGUGUUGUUCUGUUCCUUUCAAUAUCAGGCCCCAGUUGUUCAAAAGCUGGAUAGCACUAUCCAUUGGACAAAUGAUCACUAUUCAGUGGAUAAACAAUCGCACUAUCCAUUGGAUAGAGUUUUAUCUGGUCCCAGUUGUUCAAAAGGUGGAUAGCGGUAUCCGAUGGAUAAAUCUCUGUUCAGUGGAUAACGCAAUUGGUUUCCCAAAUACUUAUCCACCGGGUAGUGAUUUAUCCGGUGGAUAGCGCUAUCCAGCUUUUGAACAACCGGGGCCUUGUGGAUGGUGUUAUCCACCUUUUUGAACAACUGGGUGCCUGUUGAAUGAGAAACAUUACUGUUCACAGUUACUAAAAGAGACAGAGCCACUGUUAUUCACUGUUUAAAGCAGCUGUUUUUAUAUUCCACUCAGUUUGAAGGCCUUAUUCUAAUGGCUUUAUUGGGCUUAAUUGCCUAACACACAACUCUAUCUCCUUAACCCAUUUGCCCUGGGAAUUUUGCAGGAAAAUGUGUUUUGAAGCUACAUGUAGUUGAGCACUUUUCUGGUCACUGUCGCUAAAACUUAUUGCAAAGUCGUUUACAGGUCAUACUCUUCGCAGUCUUCUGAAUCAGCUGCAAAGUAUUAACUUUCGAAGUUCGGGCAUGCACAGAAAGCAAAAUUUCAAGAUUUUGUGUUUAAAAGUGACACAGCAGUCCUGACUUUUUCUUUUUGUUUUCUCUAAUCCCCACUUCCUUUGCCUCUCUUGCCUUAUUGUUUUUCUUUUGCUGGGCAUUUAGUAGGCUUGAUUUCGAUGGGAAAAAAUGUUUUGCCUUUUUUUCUUGGCCUCCUUGUCUGAAUCAUGCUCAUUCUGGUGUGGUUUGAAAGAUCUCUUCACCUUGAACAAGUUAGGUGACAAAGUUGUCCUUGACUGUUAAAGAUGAUGACAUCACAAGAAGCAGAAGGGACAUGGAUCUAGGCAUGGGUGGUUGUGGGCGGUUCAGGGGCGAAUGGGGUUAAAGACAUUUGAGAGGUUCACUGUAGUACUUAUAAUGCAGCAGCAGUGCCUGUAGAUAUAUCAGAAUGUAAUAAUUAUAUUUUAAGCAAUAGAAAACGUUUUCCGUGUUUGCAUAGCCUGAUAUAAACACGAGAGGGGUUGGGAGAAUUCGAGACAGUUAUGCAAACGCGAGACGAAGUCAAGGGUUUUCAUAAACAGGAAAAAAGUUUUCUAUUGCUUUUAUAAAAUAAUUUUCCAGAGAAAAAAAAGCAAAACUCUUUGUAUGGCACUGAUUAAACGAGAAAUUCUUACCAGUCGCAAAAUCUUGUCCACAGAUUCUUGCACAUGUAAUCAGUUCUUGUUUUGCAAAAAGAUGCUUUGCAAAAUACGGAUUUUUCUCGCUUAAAAUGUCAGCUUAGGCGAAGAAAAAUUGACUCACCCUCUUUGUAACGAUUUUCCAUGUUUCAGCCAACAAAGGAAUGGGUAAAUAAAGUAAACUUGUCGAAUUUUGAACUCGAAAACUUUUUCAAAUUUGUGCUUGCGUGAUUAGCGUGCGAAAAGCCAAACAACUUGACGCCACAACCAUGUUUACAUACUCUCGUGCAAACACUCCUCUCGACCAAUCAGAGCGUGCGUACUAUCUUAGUUAUUUUAUAAUAUCCAAUGUAAUGCAUAUUCUAAAUUUUUUGUGAUCUGAAGUUACAACUUUACGUACAUUGUAGGCAGAACUUAAGAACAAAAGAGUUGUUGGUGCUGGUACACCUAGGCUGUUACAAAUGAAAGACAGGUCAGUUUUUUAAUAUUUGUAAUACUUGGUUUGGUUAUGCACCUAUCAAUGUAAAUCCCGUGGGGGGGAGUGCGGGCAAGGGGCGGGGAUUUGAUGCCUUUGACUAUCUCCCUGUCAGGCUUUUGAUCGUGCGAAGCGACCCCGGGGUCAGGACAUUUGACUUUGACCAACAGAAGCCUGGUAUCAAUUCAGAAGCGGUUACCAAAUCCGUCCCUUGAGGCUUUCUGAAAGUCACUCUGGUGGAGAAAGGUGUGAAGUUUUCAUUUGUUUUAAUCGCCAUAAUCCUAUACUUUAAACUGUCAUCUAAACAGAUCAUGUCUAUUUUGAGAAAGUUUUUAUCUUCAAGUUCCCAUCUCAUUGUAAAACUCGAUUGAAAUCGAAUUCCACCAUGAAAGUCAGAGGAUUUUUUACGGGUCACUUAUCCGACCUGUUCCAGCAUGUUGAGCAGAUGUUAUAAAGCAUUUUAUGUUUCAUUAAUAUUAUAAUAGCACGGUCAAUCUUCCUAGAGUGAUUUUGUUGUUCAAAAUAAAAGAUGCUAGUGCAGAGAGAAAAUACUUAAUUACAGCGAGUAAUUUAAUGGAGCUUACGUUUAGUAAGGACGUACUUUUGAAAUGUUCUUUUAAUUCGUUUUAUACAGUAUUAUAGUAUUGUUUGUUUAGAUUUUUUCCCCUGGGGUGGGGGCUUUUUUGACACUUUUGGUUGACCUUUUGUUUCCCACCCUGGGGAGUUUGAUAAAAAAAUUUUAAAAUUUGUCAAAUCCCCACCCCUUGCCCCCACUCUCCCCCCACGAGGUUUACAUUGAUAGGUGCAUUACAUGUACCUCACACUUUUCAGAAGUAAUUCUUAGCUGUCAGUAAGUUCUAAAGAAUGUUGUGAUGUAAAGGUCACACACUGGGUCAUCAGUUGUUAAAACUGUCAGGUGCUAUUACCCUUGCUUAAUUAAGUUACCACUUAUACAUGUACUACUAGUUUCUCAGGAUCAAAUAUAAAAAAUGCUUCUAAAAAAAUGUCUGCAUCAAGACAAUUAAUUCUAGUGAAUUUAUUUGCCAGUUACAAACCUUUCCAAUUUCAAAAGCAAUGCCCACUUUGACAGAGAUGACUGUAGAGUCAAAAGAAUUCCUCUUUUCUAUCAGAAAAGCACAUUGGUAAAGUAGUUCCGAUGAUGGUUGGCAUUUUCAAUUGUCACGAGCAACCAGAAGUGUGUUUGAUAAGAUAAAACAGCUAAGAAGAUUGUUUACUCUUUGUUUUGUAGAGCUGAUGAACUGAAAGCAGAAAAAGAAGCCAGAAGGAAAGAGGUGCUACUACAGACUGUUGUAUUGAUGAAUUCCUCUUUUCAAACACUACUACUGCUCUGAAACUUUGCAUUAUUAUACACCUUUUACUGGUCAUUACUAGAAAUAUACAAGUUGUACUUCUAAUAACACAGGCAUCACUUUCAUUACCAUGAAAUACGUUUAUUUGCAGAUUGCUGAGCAAAAAUUGUAUGAACAUUGGAAGCAAAAUGCUCCUGAACUCAGAGAGGUUAGUAAACAAGCCAUAAGUAGAGCAUUUGACUAGUGUACGGAGGGUCGUGGGUUCAAUUCCCAUCCGGAACUCAGAAUUUCUUUCUGUGUUCUUCUCUCCACAUAUAUCAUUUCAUUUACUAAGCCAAAAAUACUCCUUCUCUCUCUUCAUGCUCAAUGUCCUAAACAAAAAAUUACCAGUGAAGAGAAGAUGUAGCAAAGACUACAAUCAAUGCAACAUCAGAUGGGAAUUUGGAUGCAUUCGGAAAGGACUGAAUGCAGUUUUCAGUGUGCAAUUUGCUGCUCUGUGAUUGGUCUGUUCCAGAUCUGCCAACACCUUUAUCACCAGUAUCAUGUUGUCAUUGUUACCUGUAAAUCUGCCUACCAGCCCCCCUUCCCUCCCUUCCUGACCACCAUUAAGUUAGCACCUGUCACCUUCUCUUUAUGUUUGUAUUGUUAAGUCUCCCAUGUUAAAUCUUAGACUGCACUUGUAGGGAAGUACAGCUGUACAUAGCCUGUGUCAGGCUCUCAGAUAGUAGGGAGGUCAUGAAAACAAGCCGAGUGAAAAUAAGAAGACCAUGUUCCAAGGAAGGGAAAGGGGAGGGUAUACCAGGAGCUGGCGUUAUACCAGGACAACCAUUAAAAAAAUGUGUGCUUGCAGACUCCACCACCCCUCUCCGCCAACCCACAUGUGUUUCCGCAUCAUUCAGUUUUUGUGAUCAUUGUACACUACUAUCUUGAGAAAUACAAAACAAUUUACCCUGACAAUACUUUACAGACAAAAGGAGUUGUUUAUUUAAUAGUCUGUUGUUUGCCAUUUGAUUAACAGAUAGAAGCUGAUCAACUGAGGGAACAUGUUGUUAACAGCUGGGCUGAUCAAGUUUCUGACAGAGAGGAGGUAAAUUAGAGUAAUAAAACUUUUUAUUUUUCCAUCUACCCAUUCUGUUCUGUUUUUUUUUGCAGUAGUUAUUUCCUUCAUAACAUUUUUGCCAUAGAAUUAAAAUAACUAGUUUAUAGCUUCUCAGAAUUGCUACAUGAACUUAGAAAUGCUUUCUUUUGUGUUUGAACACUUGAUUCCAUUAUAGAACCUGAAAUCAGCAAGAUAUGAGGACAGAAGGUGAGUUUAAGUUAAACAAAUAUUAGUAUUCACUAGAGAUUGCAUCAUGGUAACGAUACAUUAUUUUGUAAUAUGUUAUAAAUGCUUCUCACACACAACGGGGAGCCAUGCCAAGCCGACCAUGCAGCCCGACCAUUAUUAUAUGAACACCACAAAUCAUCAAUGUUACAGCACAAAAAGAGAACUAACGAAACAGCUGAAACUGAGCCUAGAUACAAUAGAUUAACAUACAAGAAUAACUGGAACUAAGGCACUACUUGAAAUCCUACAACCCAAAAUACACAUGGAGGGUGGGUAGGCAGGGCAGGUCAGGCAAUGGCAGAAGGCAACAAAAACAACUGAACUAUGAAACGCCAUGUGACCUGAAGAACCCCGCUCACUUAAACCCAUACUCCCAGCUGUGUGUGAGAAAAAUGUUUUCCGCUUCUUUCAUUCCUUAACCAGCGGAAGACCACACUUUUUGCCUCAAAGUCCAAACUGCUCAAAAAAAUGCCACUUCAUUGUGGGCACUCCUUGGAGUAAAAACCGUAAUAAGUCAGUGAAAAAAAUCUCAAAUUUAAAUUGUGUAAAUAAAGAAAAAAUUAAAUAACACCAUAGUGCUUUCACUGUAGGUCUCCAUAGUCUCAACAUCAAAUGCUUGAGCUGCAUUUCAUGUCUGUAUAAUUAUUUGAACCCAAAAGUGGAGUUUAAACUCUCCAACUGUUUUCUGCAUUACCUGGCAGGAUGGAUGCUGCAAUGGAAAGAGACAGACUGCUGGCUCUGGAAAGAGAACAGGCCAAACAAGAAGCAAAAAAGAGGUACCAAGAAGUGAUAUUCUAAAACCAAAUCAUGUCAUUUUUCCUUGUUAUUCAGGCUAGACACUGGAAAUAAUUCAGGGCGGGGAUAUGUGAAUUUCCAUAAAUAAUUAUGUUUAGAGGUUGGAAUUGAACAGAAGUCUACUGAGACAUCCGCACAUUUUAAUGGCUUGUUUGAAAUGUCAUCAAGUCCACGCGCAACUGCCUCAAAGGAAACAACGCAGAAUAUUCUAAUGGCGACUGUUGAAUUUUCUCUCGACAAAACUGAAUAAAAGGUUGCACUCCUCUCCAGAAACCAGCUAUUCAUUAAUUUCAAGUGUUUGAUAAUUUAUUGGUCUAAAAAUAACUUUCGUGAAAUUCACCUAUCCCAAGGGCUGGACUGGGUAUUUUCCCCUCUUUCCCAUUAUUUUUUCUUGAUCCAGUGUUACGCUUUAUCUUACUGAAUGCAUUGUUAUUGCUAGAAUGAUCUGGAAGAUUGGAAUGAUGCUCAGGUUUUAAUGCAUCUUUCUAAACAUCGUGAAGAUGUUUGUAGAAAUGGUUGCUUAGUUUUCUGUCAGCUCCACCUACACUGUACGGUGCAGGGUGUUCAUUCGGCCUCGGAGAUCGGAGAAUUCUCAGUUUACGUGUACUAUGAAAUAUUCUCCGGCUAAAGUUCGUGUUCCUGUCACUAUUUUUUAUUCAGAUGAGGAGCCUCUUUCAUAAGAUUCUUCUGUAACAUUACACUUUUCUCCUGCUACUAGAAUUCUAAAUGAAGACCCUGAAAGUGUAUGCUCAUGCAUAGAUUAUUUUUGCAUAGAGCACAGGAAUUAAACUUUGCUCUUCAUAUUUUACCAGGGAACGUGAAAAACUUGCGGAGGAUCUGAAAGAGCAAAUGGAAGAACUUAAGUUGAGAGAAGAAGAGGUAAGAACAGUCACACACCCACACACACACACACACUGUUCAGCUUUUCUUCUAAGUGGAAGUAUUGGUCUGGCUUGCAUGAGUGGUAUGUGUCUUGGAAUCUUGAUGACUGGCCUGCAUAACAGGCAUUUGUUAGGCAAGCGAUGGCAAGUGUGAAGUGAAUGAGGUGCACCAGCACCACAGGAUGGGGGAAGGCGUGUGUCUGGCAUGUCUCGCGCUCGUCACUCACUUUGUGAAUGCCUUCCCUCUCCUGAAUAACGUGAAAAAAAUUGCCUGUCAUGCAGGCUAGCUACAUGGUGACAGAUACAGCACAGGGCCUGAACCCUGCCCUUAAAAUCAAGAAAAAGGCUUGCUAAACCACAGAAUAUUUUGCCUUUCAAGCAAUAGACACUUAAUAAACCUGUUGUUAUGAAUUUUUCUCCGAUGGGUGGGAUGGCAUUUGACAGCAUGUGCAAUUUAGGGUAAGAGUAAGCAUAACUCAAGUAUAGCUCGUACACGGACGAGAGAAGCAUACAUGUAUGGGGUGAAUAUUCCUUGAUCUUUAAGCAAAAUAAAUUAUUAUGUGAAACUAUUUACUCCAUGACUGAGCUUAUAUCGAAACGACUGGUAAGCGAUAUAGACACACACAUUGUGGUCUUUCCUACUAUCAAGGAGGUUCAAGUGCAUUAACAAAAGCAAAUCCUCACUACCUGAUGCUUGUAACAAAGUGCCUUUGAAUAAACAAACACUUAACAUCAACAUUGCUUAUGUCUGACGUCAGUAACUCUUGUCAAGAGUAUCAAUCAUAUCAUAAUGUGUUUUUACAGGCUCUUAUGCUGAAACAGGAGCAGGAGGAUUUGAUCAAAGAACAAAGGAAACUUGAGCAAGCUGUGAGUACUUUUUUUAAAAAUUCUGUUAAUGGAUAAAGAAGUAAAAUGUUGACAGAUCAAUGCAGAUUACUAGAAGACUAUCGGGUGGUCUUCAGUUUGUCUUAUGAAAAUUAAAACACAGUACAUAAAUUCAAGUACCCCAGUGCAGCUCAUCAUCUUGUGUUCGUUCGCAGCUGCUCUUGCUAAGAUAGCAAGUGUAGACUGGUGCAAGAAUUCAUCCACUGCCCAUUUGAGAUCCCUCUGUGUUUAAAGUUUGAAAUACAGCGUGCAUGUAGGGUUUAUAGUUGUUAUUUGGUCUGAUUUAGGAAGAAGACAGGAGACUGUUAGAGGAAGCAAGGAGAAAGCGGGAAUUUGGGUAGGUUUUCUCAUCCCAGUCAUUAAUCUUGUCAUGUCAAGGAACAUUUUUAAAGAUCGUACAUUUUGGCUUUUUGUUCUCAAAUUGUUGUAAGGAGAUAAAUGUUUACUGAACUAUUUUGCAGCCGGGUCUUAAUCCGUCAACACAAAGCCCAGAUGAAACGAAAGAGCAGAGAGAUACAGGAGGCACUGGUGAGUGAUAACGAUAGUGAGAAGAGAAAUACAUGUACAUACGUUUGGUGAAAAGGUUGUUUUUAUCACAGGGGGGCGUUGGGAGCGGAAGCGGGUGCUUUUUCUAAAACUGUAGAGCCACUGUAGAGAGUACACAUUCCUUCACGUACUAAAAUGAAAAUUAGCAGUGGAAGAACUUGACAACGUUCCUUAACUUUCCCAAACCAUCAGGCUUUCUUUUGUGCGAGCCCCGAAGUUGGCAGUAUGUGAGCUUUAUCAUUUUUUCCAGAUUUUUGCGCUUGCUAGAAUGAACGCCUGCUCAAAGGAUAGUUAUUAGCCGUUUCAAUUGCUCAAGUUGCCUGUAGUUUAUUUCAUUGUACAGUUGAAAAAAAAAACGGUCAGCAAGGGUUUAAUUUCAUUUUACAGGGCAACUUUGAUAAAACGAAGACCCCGGAGACUGUCAAAAUAAGUUCUCUAUUACAAAGUUUCGUUAUAUCGAGGUUCGUUUCCAUCAGUUUUAGUAUAGCUGGGGCGAAGAAUAUCGUCCGUUUUACCGAGGACUUCGUUUUAUAGAAGUGUGUUAUAUCUAGCUUCCACUGUAUGACAUUAACAUACCUUGAGCUGUGUUUGGACUAUAAUCCAGUUUAAAUCUUAUGAAAAUGUUAAACAUUUUAACACUGAAAAAUUCCCCUUCUUUCAUUUAGGAACUUGAUUUGAAGAUUUUAGAAGGGCUGGCUAAGCAGGUAAUUGGGAUUUGUUAUAAUAUUUUUAAAUCCUUGGAGUCUAUACUGACAGUAUCGUACGUGCAUCAAACUGGAGGAUGUACGAGGCCAUUUGUUUUCUUUUAUUAUUUUUCGUUAACAGGAGGAUAAAGACAAAGCACUAGAGACAUCACGUCGUGAAAAGGCCAGAGCUGAUGCAGAAUAUAUGAGACAGGUAUUAAAUUACGUUGGAAAACAAGUUAUGAGAUUAUUUCUUCAUGCCAAGUUCUCUGAAAAGGACAUAUAAGUGUGAACCAGUGUGUUGUCUUUUCAAGGGAGAUACAUGCUAACAGUGUUCCUCAUUUCGUUGUUUAAAACGCUUAGAAAAAUCUUCUGUGUUUGACGCAAAUGUCCAGGUAGUUAUAAACUUCAGCUUUUAGUUUCAUAACAACUCUCACUCUUGCUGCUACCGUGUGGUUGACAUUCGUUUCUAGUUUCACCUGUGAUUCCCUAAUUACAAUGUGGUUUAGCAUUUUUUUGACCAGUGUAUUCCCGUUAACCUGAGAUCAGGCUCUAUUUCUGUCUCUCUUGACAAAUCAAAUUCCACGUAAAAGAGAAUGUGUGAGAUCUGGUAAAUUUGGGCCUGACGCGGUCAGGUUAAUGCACGUCGUAGUCUCGAGCAAUCAAUCUUUGUCAAUCAGUCUUCCAUCUUUGGCCUCAGUGGUUUGUGAUUGGUUCUUUGCUUCCUCUUGUUUUGAUUGGCGAGAGUUUUAGUAUUGUUUCACGUAACUAAGCGGAUUAAAACCGGUUUUUAUUUCACAGGUUGUUGCUGACCAGUUGAAGUUGGAACAACAACGGGAAGCAGAGUUGGACAUGCUCUACAGGUACAGCUUACAUGACCAUCAUUUAACUUACUUCGCUGGACAUCAGAAUUAAAACAACAAACUGUUUUUCUUUUUUUUUUCCAAAUUGUUUUGCAUGAAGGGCGAAAUAAGCUUUGCUUUCUUCGAACGCAACAACCAAAACUGUUAUACCACACAGUCACUUAAGAGGUGGCAAUUAUAAGUUAAGUUUCUGGUAAGAGAGCUAAACACCUUCAGCUACUGCAGGGAGAACAACAAUACUUUGAAAACUCUUUACAGUCAACUCUGGAUUUCUUCAAUUUCGACUCUUCAAUUUCAAAAUUGAAGUUUGCUGUCUUUUUUCUUUGAUUUUCAGAGACGAAGCGGCGCGAAUGUGGACCAAGAGAGAGGCAGAGUGGGAAAGAGAAAGACUGGCCAGAGAAAGGCUUAUGGCUGAGGUACAGAAGUUAUGUGUACAACAGAAGCGGCACCUACUGUUAUGUCGGAACGGCCGGAAGGCGGUCGAUUGUAGAGGCCGAUCGCCAAUACACCGCCUUUCCUGACUUGUCCUCAGUCGACUCUAUUUGGAUCGCGCGCUUAGGACAAAACGCAAGAGGCAUUUUCAAAGGAGGAAAACAAAAGUGAUCUACCAGUCGUUGCCCCACUUUUCUCCUUCCCAUCACCCCUCGCGCGCCCACCAUCAAUAGCAGUAUGAGAGACGACUGGGGACGAAUCAGCCGCCUAUCUGUAACUUGUUUAUUUUCGCGUUUAUCCUUUGAUUUUGGGUUGUACUUGUAGCUCAGAUUUUUUUUCAGACUCAUUAGACAUUAAUUUCGUUUGCACUGUCUCAUGAAAUGUUUGUCUUUCUUAGGAAAAUUUUGACAUUAUAGCAGACGCUUUCAUAGCCUGCGAAUACAGCCGUCUCCCUUCGUCCUUAGUGGCGAGGAGCUAAGAGAGACCGCAGUAUUCGCAGGCUAACGCUUUCACGAAGCAGCGCGAAGUCAUCAAAAACCACACCUACCUUUUGUCAUUCGUCGAUGAUUAUACCGUCCUAUUAGAAUCAAAUUAUACUUUAUUGUGCCAUCAGGUUCUUGAAGUGCGUAGGAACCAACUGGAUGAAAAAAUGGAGGAAAAUAAGCGAAGACAGCAGGAGUCUAUUGAGAGUCGGGAAGAGCUUCUCAGAGAACUGGAGGAAGUUCAGCGAAUGACAGCGAGAGAAAAAGCCGAGGAAGUCAGGCAACGGAAAGAAAGAGAGGAAGAGAUUCAAGAGCAGGUAAGAUAACAAUAUUAUUAACAUUUCUUCAGGCUAUUUCACAAGAAAAGAUCUAAAAUAAGCUUUUCUUACAUAGGCGGCUCCGCCUUUGUACUAGUUCUUUCUCUGCGUUUUCGAGGUCCACAUAAAAGGACAAUAACCUAGCCAUCUUGACUGGCCAUUUUUGUGAAGUAGAGAUGUGUUUAUAUGGCCAAAAAGUAAUUUCCACAUCCUUCCCGCUCUGGCAUAGCAAAUCACAGGUCAAAAUUUGCUUUAUCUUGCCCACGCGCCCCUCCCGUUCGAUAACAUAGUCAAAGGUCUCGUAAACUCACACCUUCCGGAAGCCAAAAAAUUGUCCUAAGCUUGCCCACAAGUCGCCUUUUUUGAGCGGCGACCCAUCGAAAAAGGAGCCAGCAGCUCAGUGGAACUAAUUGUUUAUUUAUCUAUUAACAGAUAACUUCACGCAGAGAAAAGGCGAAAGAAGCACAACAAAUUGAAAAAGAGGAGCAAGAAAGAGACAGGUAGGUCCUGUCACUGUAGGUAGUGUCGUCUUAUGCAGAAAGUAUCAGUGCCGGAUCCAGGGGAGGGGCCCCCCCUCCCUUCUCGCCUUGGUCUCGUUUAGACCAAACUGAGACCGUCCCCCUCCUUAUUUCAGGGUCUGUAUAACCGGACCCCCCUCCCCUUCGUAUUGUUCAAAACAAUAAGUGGUCCAUAAUGCAGGUGUAAUCUGACAUUGAUCACUUGUGCGAGUUCAGAGAAAAUUUUGGCGUCGAAACCGCCAUCGCGAGCCAGCAAAGGCGGCAAGAAUUUAAAUGGAGCAAAGAAAAGGCUAAGCGACUUUUCUUCGACCAAGUUUUCUCGCCGGCUUACACUGGCGGCUCCACCGCCAAAAUUCCCCCCGAACUUGCUACAGCGCAUGCAACUUCGUACGGUUUUUAGAGUAACAUUUUGUCGUCAUCGUCGUAGACUACGAGCAGUCUCUUUAUAUAUCUUCAAAUUUAGUGAGGAAAGAGCACGUGCGCGGACACGUGUGGUCAAUUUCGUGUCUCACGUGUUUCGCUGGACGUCGUCUCUGAAACCACUUAAAUUUCUUUUCAGACGAGAAAAAGAAGCCUAUAAUCGGAUGCUGAGACAAGAGGCGGAUCACAUGAGAGCGAGAGGACCUCAAGCGAGGGUAGGGACCUUUUCCAGACUUCUAUGACGCAUUUUUCACGGGAUAUGAUCGAAUGGGCAAUAACUAAAAAAACAGAGGGUGGCUGUGGAUUGGGGAAUAAAGCAGCAUACCGUUAACUGCCCACUUAUAAGUACCACCCCCCCCCGCCCCCUUUUAUAGGUCCAUCCACCUGUAAGCCAAAUUACAUCCGAUUUUAAGCCCUUUGGAUAUAAGCAAAUGCAUUGAAAUGGCUUCGACAUGUUAUGACGUUUUGAAGCUUAAUUAAAACUAUUAAGUGCGAAACGUAUUUUUAUCAUCACUGCUAAAGCUUGUUUCGAAUCGCUUUUUCUAUUGUGGUUAUAAGCCUCCUCGAAUAUAAGCUCCUCCGUUUAUAUGCCUUCCUAAAACCCCAUAUGAAGAUGUUUAAGCCCAGGUCUUAAGCGCCGCCAGGUUGCGGUAUUCGCUGUCAGAGACAAUCCACACCACCAGUAGCUUGCGACUGGGUGGAUUCCAGUACCAUCCAAGGUCGACUGAA